UUCGCGCCCUUGCUCGCGCCUCGCGCCAUAAAAAAAAGGAGCGAAAAGGAAAAAAGUCCACGAAAAGUCAGUAAACAGAUACAGGAUACAGAUGGUUUCUGGCAUAGAUAAGGCUUGGUUUGCGAAUGAGAGAAUAAUUUACCUAAUAUUAUUUAUCUCAUGUUUGCAACGAUCUAUUUUGGUGUUAUAAUCGCAGUAUAGUACCUAUAUGAUCACAACUCUAUAAUAAGAAAAUUGUGCCGACGAUAAAUGUGUAGGAAGUUCAAGAUUUACUAAAGAAUAACUUUUAAAAAUGACAACAUCUACAAGAAGGACUCACAUAACUUUAGAUCAUGAUAGAUCUCCAUUUAUAUUGGAACGUAGACGAAACCUUUUUCCUUCAGAUGAUGAUGCCGACUCUGAAUUAGGUCAUAUAAGUCCACUAUACUCUGACUUAUCUUCUGAUAAUGAGAACGAGGGUAGUCACAUAUUACAACCUAAAGGUCAUAAUUUUGUUCAAAAUAAUUGUUGUGGAACACCAACAAGUAGUAUUGCUCCUUCUGAAAAGAUGUCUCCCUUAUUAUUAAGUCCUUACACUAAUAACACAUUUAACAUAAAGGAUACACCAAAAAAAUUAUCUCCAUCACAGGCAUUAAAAACACCACAUGACACAUCUUCAAAAUCAAAUAGCAUUCUUAAAAAAGAACAGAAAACUUUACUAGAGGAAUCAAAAAAUUCAAAAAGAAAGUGUUCUCCACGUAGUUCACCAGAACAAUGCAAAUAUUUGAAAUCAGAUCCAAAAGUAUCCAAAGUCAGGACAGCAUUAUUUCCUGAAUAUUCCUUGGACAUGUCUUUAUCAACAAAAUCAUUUUAUUCCAAAAAUCCAGAAAGUAUAGUGGACAAAUCUCUUAAAGAAAAGAAUUACAAGCUAAUAAAAUUAUCAACAGCAAAACAUAGUCGCAGAAACAAUAGAAAAUUUGGCCAAAUAAAUAAUGGGGUGAGACAUAAAAUUAAAAAACCCAAAACUAAGAAAAUUUCAAGGAAAGUUACUGAGAAGGCAUUUAAGAAUCUUUCAAAAAUGGAUGAUGCUUUAACAGAAUACAUUCAGGACUUGGCUGAACUUAAAAAGUCAGGAGAUAGUAAUAAUAAACUUAUAAAAUUGUCAGAGUCACAAUCUAAGAUAAAUACAUGUGAGACAAAAAAUGAUUUGAAAGAAGUUAAAGACACUCAGAAGGAGAUUUUCAGUGAAGAGGAUAAAGAGAACACACCACAUGAUGAUAAUACUUUAAAAUUAGAAAAUAAGCAGGAUAAAAUACAAUAUGAUUCAUUUGCCUUUCAAGACGAUGAUGUAGAUUCUACAACGAACAUAGAAAAUAUACUGUCUGUUCUAAAAGACAGUCCAGAGCAAGAUGGAAGUACAAGUCAACUUAGCGCAGUGUCACCUAACAGGAUAGUUCUAGAAGCCCACACCUCCAUUUUAGCUUCAGAAAAUUCAAUUCAGUUGCAUUACAACAGCGUUGCCAAUAUGAUAUUAUCACCCAUAUCGCAAAUGUGCGACGUCACGUCAGGUUUGGCUUUGGAUAGUCCGAAAAAAGCCCGAAACUUAAAUUCAGUUUUGAACAGUUUGCCCACACAUAGUAAUUCUUUUAGUGACGUUGGUUCAGAAAGUUCUGCAACUAUGGCUCAGCAAGAAGGAAAGUUGUUCCCUAUUUUUUAUGGUGAAUGUAAUAGUAGUAGAGGCCAGAAAAGAGAGAGGACUGAAACAAAAAGGAACCUAAAACGAUUUAAAGCUAUAUCUUCUGAUCAGAUGUUGUUGGAUGCUGGGCAAAAACGAUUUGGCUACACCCAUUGCAAUGAAUGUGAUAUAGUGUACCAUAUGGGGGACCCAGGAGAUGAGAUUGCACACAUGAACUACCAUAAUUCUAAUCAUAUCUUGCGAUUUGCCGGUUGGAAAAAUGAACGCGUUGUCGCAGAUUUCCAACAAAUGGGUCGAAUAAUACUAGUUUUAUGUACCGAUUCCAGAAUAUGGCUGAAAAAAGUUAAAGAUCUCAUGGAAGUGAUAAAAAGAGAUUUAGGAUGCUAUGAAAUCGAUUACAACGUAUCCAACUCUCAAGUCUAUUUGUACAUAAAAAACCGCACUAUCGCUGGUUGUGCUGUCGCAGCAGUGCCUCAAGAACCAGGCCACAAGAUGUUGAGCACCCUCAACAACGUUACCAUGUGCUCAGAAGAAACUUACCCCAUCAAAUGCGGUAUUUCUCACAUCUGGGUCAGCAUCAACCACAGAAAACAAGGCAUAGCAACUGCCUUGCUGAAUUCUGUGAAAAGAAAUUUCAUCUAUGGCCGUAUUUUAAAUGAUGAAGACAUAGCUUUGACAUCGCCUACGGAGGACGGGUGUGCUUUCGCAGCUAAGUACUUCAAAACGCCGAAUUUUCUUAUUUAUUAUGUAUAAACUAUAGAUUUCAGUAUUAUUUAUUUAUUUGUUAAUUGUAUUAAGGAUCUUAUAUUCUUUGUUUAUUUUGCUCAGUUUUAACCAUGCAGUUAAAAACGCUAAUGUCAUCGAUCGUCACGUCUCAGCCAACUGGACGCCGUUUUUUUUUUCGAUCAUACGUUAUACAUUUCAAUAAAUUCAAUGGUAUAUUAUUAAGUGUUAGUAAUCAUUUUUGUCGAAUGCAAGCACCGAAAACAAUAUAAAAAUAACUAAAAAGUGCUGGCGCCACUGGCUGGAAUAAAACUGCUCGGUUUAUGCCUCUACAUUAUCGGGUAGGAACGAACGGUCGAACCAUACAUAUUGAAUGAAUAGGCAAAACUGGACCAAAGACCCUCAUACACUGAAGUUUUUAACUUUAUAGUACUGCCCAUUCAGUUAAAACUGGGCAAAAUAACUAAAGUAUAUGGAGGCUUUAAAUAUAAGAGUAAAAAAUCUAAAUUUUAGACACGCAAAAAAUAUAUACAAUUAGUAUAUGCAAGACAGCGUCAUCAUCAACUAGAGAUAAUGUUGUCUUGUCAAUAAUUACGUCAUUAAUUAACGUACAGUAAUAAUUAAUUUUUUUAAACAAUUUUUGAUAUUUAUUUACGCCGUGUAUAGUUAGGUUAGGUUAAAUAUAAAUGUUCUAAUUGUUUUAAUUUAAAAAUUGUAAAUAGUUUAUUAAUCUAAUUAUUUAAAAAAGUAUAUUAUACUAUUGUAUAGUUAUUAUAUUAUACAAUAAGACUGUUUUAACCAAAUUUUAUUGCAUGUCUAUCGAUUAAGGUUAAGGUUAUAUCAACAUACAAAGUGUUAUUUAAGUACAUAGCAAAACUUAAGCUGAUCCUUUGCAUGAUUUUAAAACGAAAAUUUUAUAUAAACAGGUCCAAAAAUGCUUCCAAUUCAAUUUACACACUUAAUCUACAGAUUAGGUAUCCUAUAAAUAUACAGAUAAAAAAUCUUGUCCCUAAUUCGUGGUACGAACAUUUUUUUUAUGACGAUGAGCAAACGAGUAAAUUUUCUUGUGCGCAAAAAUAAACUCCCGUUUAAACAGCGUAAUAACUGGGCCGGUCAGGCGCUUACAAUUUUAGAGGCCAUAAAUGGGCGUGCUUGUGCGCAAACUAGUAAUCUAACUAGUGCGCGACUCCGAAAUUUGGAACCACGAAAAACAAUGCUUUUGACGAUAACUUUAUAAUCUGUGCUUAAUCUUUGUUCACUAGGCAUUAUUAUUUUAGCUUUAAAAUGGACUAAAACAUUGAUAUUUACGUAAAAACAAUAUUUGAAAGUUUGACAACCUGCAUAUUGAAAAGGAAGCAUUUCUGGAUCUACGGAUAUAAAAUAAAUGUUUGUCUUAAAAAGGCUAAAAAAUAAUCCCCUAAGGUUUGGCUACAUACAUAAUAACACCCUGUAUAAAGAUAUAAAAAUGUUCCAUUUUAAGAACUUUACAGCACUAUCUGCAUAACAUUAUAUGCUUAACACUCCGUCCUACGUAAGCGACGAAUACGCGCGUUACAACCGACGGACGCGACGUGAUUAAAAAAGUUUCCUUUUGAACAAUGAACAAUUUCUUAUGAAACUUAUGAAUUAGCUCUCUUAUAUAUGCUUAUGAAAGUGUCCUGCAUCGCCGACGCAGGACGAUUUCAUAAGAAAACGUUUUUUGAUAACGCCGCGUCGGUCAUAAGCGCGCAUUCGUCGUCCACGUAGGACGGGGUGUUAGUUUGCCCCAAUAGUACAAUUUUAAACGCCAUUUUUUAUAUAGUAAUUUUAUAAGGUAUAUUGUAUUUUUAUAUUCCUUUUAUUGUAGUGGUAGAAAAUCAUUCAAAUAAAUAUCUGCUAUAAUUA